AUGUGGCGAAGACUUACUUGGUUACACAUACUGGCUGUAUUAGUCCUCGUAAUAAUCUUCCUUUUUAGCUCCACUCGGUUUCUGCCGAAACAACACAUUCGGUGGCUUCGGCCGAGUUGGACGAGUGUGAAUUUUCAGCUGCAUUCUACGGACCAUUUCCAUUAUCACAUAGACAGGACCAAAAGCGCAGGUACUUUGGCCGGCAAAGAUUUCAAGAUCGACGACGAAACCUUGCAAAUGAUAGAGAAAAUCCAUAGAGAGCAAACAUUUAAGCGGAGACCGGUCAAAACAGUAGACGCAAAAACUUCAUUUUUCGAUCUCGUUGUUCCUGUCACUGGGGCUUCAAGCAAUCACUUCGAAGAGUUCCGACAACACAUUUCAACUUUCGCAAAACUGUUUCCAGGUAUAAGAGUGAUUUUUUAUGACCUUGGAUUGACUCGUUCACAAGUAAAGUUCAUUUUGAAGAAUCUUCCCUUUGUGCAGUACAGAAAGUUUGACUUCAACGAAUAUCCACCGCAUGUAAGUAACCUGGUAAAUUACGCAUGGAAGCCGCUUAUAAUUCAAAAAAUUUUGGGAGAGUUUGAUGGCGCCAUGUGGUUUGAUUCAUCGAUCAAAUUUAGAGGGAAUAACACGCACGAAGUCCUACAACGUUUGGCUCGUCAGAGGUCGGGAUUUAUGUUUUUUGUGGGAAUAACUGGUCAUUCUAUAAUCGCCGCAACACACCCGGGAAUGAUGGAAUACAUACCCAUCAAAACAAAUGACUCAGUCAAAGAUAUGUUCGAGGCAAAUUCAAUGAUUGUGAUUAACACACCUGAAGUACAAACACACAUCAUGAAAUGGCUUGUAACUUGUGCGCUCAUAGAAGACUGCAUCGCGCCCGUCGGUGCAAAAUUAUACUGCGGCUUCAACUUUCCGAAAGAUAAGUUUGGAGGAUGUCAUAGAUACGACCAGUCUUUAGUAAAUAUCUUGGUUUCAAAUGCUUACAGUUCUGAUAGAAAUAGAUAUGUCUUCCAAGGCUUUGCUGAAGUUGAACGUCUUUGA